AAAGCUAGCUACAUAGAACACAACACAAAAUGGUUAGUCAGAAAGAGACUGUGUGUGUAACCGGUGCUUCGGGGUUCAUUGGUUCAUGGCUAGUGAUGAAGUUACUUGAACGUGGUUACUUUGUUCGUGCUACUGUUCGUGAUCCUGGGAAUUUGAAGAAAGUGAACCAUCUUCUUGACUUGCCAAACGCCAAGACGCAACUUACUUUGUGGAAGGCUGAUUUAUCCGAGGAAGGAAGCUACGACGACGCCAUUAAAGGAUGUGACGGUGUUUUUCACGUGGCUACUCCCAUGGAUUUUGAAUCUAAAGAUCCUGAGAAUGAAGUGAUAAAACCGACAGUGAAUGGAAUGUUGGGGAUAUUGAAAGCAUGUGUUAAGGCAAAGACCGUACGAAGAUUUGUGUUUACUUCAUCUGCCGGAACUGUUAAUGUCGAAGAACAUAAGAAGAGUGUCUAUGAUGAACAAGAUUGGAGUGAUCUUGAGUUUAUCAUGUCCAAGAAAAUGACAGGAUGGAUGUACUUCGUGUCGAAAACACUAGCCGAGAAAGCAGCGUGGGAUUACGCCGAGGAAAAAGGCUUAGAUUUCAUUAGCAUUAUUCCAACAUUGGUGGUCGGUCCAUUCAUCACAACAUCUAUGCCGCCUAGCCUCAUCACCGCGCUCUCUCCCAUCACUCGGAAUGAGGCUCAUUACUCGAUCAUAAGACAAGGACAGUAUGUGCAUUUGGACGACCUAUGUAACGCUCAUAUCUUCUUGUACGAACACAAUGCUGCCAAGGGACGUUAUAUUUGUUCCUCUCACGAUGCAACCAUUCUUACUAUCUCCAAAUUCCUCAGGCAAAAGUACCCCGAAUACAAUGUACCUUCAACGUUUGAAGGUGUUGAUGAGAAUCUAAAGAGCAUUAAGUUCAGUUCCAAGAAGCUUACUGAAAUGGGGUUUAACUUCAAGUAUAGCCUCGAGGAAAUGAUGGUUGAAUCGAUCGAAACAUGUCGACAAAAGGGGUUUCUCCCGGUUUCUUCACCAUACCAAUCCAUAGCUGAGAACAAAGAUCCAAUUAAGGACGACCAAAUUGAGCUAAUCAAAAACGCAGCUGGACUAAACGAUGCUAUGAUGUUAUGUAACAAGACUGAACCAGGGGUAACUAGUGAGAGAACUGAGUCUCCCAUGCCAGCACAACAGAUGUGUGCUUAGAACAUUUCAAACCGUUAUGAUAUUUAAUAUUGUCAUAUAUGGUUGUGUGAUUUGGGUUUGUCAUUUAUGUUACUAAUCAUAAAUUUAUCAUUGGUGAGUGAUAUGGACUGAUUAUAAUAUGUGUGAGUGUAAAGGUAUGAUUAUGAAUGAACCCUAUGUUACGUAUUUAAAGAGUGUUGCUGUCUUUGAAUCGACUGAAUCUGUACUUUGAAAGUUAUUACAGCAAAUCUA